CAGAAAAGUCAAAAGCUGUGUUUGUUGAGGUGGGAAUUCCCGUGUGCUCUCCUCCUUUCAGCUUUCUCCCUCUCACACAUUUAAUCCAACGGUUCUCCUUUAAUCUCCCUUCGCAAUCGUCGCUCCCCCCCCACUAACUAAAAAAAAAACAAAAAUAUCUUUUCUAGAGUCCAGAGAAAAAAAAAACGAAAUUCGAAAACAAAACUCUCUCUCGUCUCUCUCAUCUUUUUUCUCAGAUCUGAAUCUCUUCUUCUUGAAGCCUUUUCGUCUCCGAUCUAACAACAACAAAGAGAAAAAUGGCGGCAGCACCAGCAUCAUCCUCGGCUAGAGAGGAGUUUGUUUACCUAGCGAAGCUCGCGGAGCAGGCGGAGCGAUACGAGGAGAUGGUUGAAUUCAUGGAGAAAGUCGCCGAAGCCGUCGACAAAGACGAACUCACCGUCGAGGAACGAAACCUCCUCUCCGUCGCUUACAAAAACGUAAUCGGCGCUCGUCGUGCUUCGUGGCGUAUCAUCUCCUCCAUCGAGCAGAAGGAAGAGAGCCGUGGCAACGAUGACCACGUCACCACGAUCCGUGACUACAGAAACAAGAUCGAAUCUGAGCUCUCCAAAAUCUGCGACGGUAUCCUCAAGCUUCUCGACACCAGACUCAUCCCGGCUUCUGCUAACGGAGAUUCCAAGGUUUUCUACCUUAAGAUGAAGGGAGAUUACCAUAGGUACUUGGCUGAGUUUAAGACCGGCCAGGAGAGGAAAGACGCCGCCGAGCAUACCCUCACCGCUUACAAAGCCGCUCAGGACAUUGCUAACUCCGAAUUGGCUCCAACCCACCCGAUCCGUCUGGGUCUUGCUUUGAACUUCUCUGUCUUUUACUACGAGAUUCUCAACUCUCCAGACCGUGCUUGCAAUCUCGCUAAGCAGGCAUUUGAUGAAGCAAUUGCCGAAUUGGAUACUCUAGGAGAGGAGUCGUACAAGGACAGUACCUUGAUCAUGCAGCUUCUUCGUGACAACCUUACUCUCUGGACUUCUGACAUGCAGGACGAAGGUACAGAGGAGAUCAAAGAAGCAGCAGCACCAAAUCCUGCUGAAGAACAGAAGGAGACCUAAGUCUGAGACCAACUACUUUGUUAUUCAGUAUUCUAAAAGUUUAUCCAAAUAUUAUGUUCUUGGUUUGGUGUUUUUUUUUUCUUUUUCUAAUCUCUUUCCUUUUGCUAUCCCCGAAGCUUCUAAGGCCGUCUAUUCUUGUCCUUGUUUGCUCUUUCCUAAUCGUGGAUGCUACUGGUUUUUUUUUUUUUUUGAUAUUUCUUAUUGAUUGCAUUUCGGCUUUGUGCCUUUGUACUAAACUCAGAUUUCUCUUUUUAUUAAUCAUUUGCCAUUUCUCAGACUUUAUAGUAAGAAAGAAGAUACGAAAUUUGCUUAUUGUAGCAAGUUAGACGAGGUCUGUAUAAGAGAAAACAGUAUUCUCGUUGUAUAUUUGAAUCAAACUGGGAUUUGGCUAUUUUGUUUCGAUUUUGUUCCCAUAGGUUGAACUGUGAAUCACGUUAUCCUUUGUUUUUGAAAACCAAAAGGGCUUUGAGGGCUACUUUUUUAGGACUCAGAUCAUCAUAGUGAACAAAUAAUAAACUCAAAAGAGUUCUCAGACCAUACAUUAUCAUCGAAAGCUUUAAUUUCUUACAAGUGGUUGACUGUACUUGUAAAGAGUGUUGGUUUUUGUAAUUUGUUUUUCGGACUCAAAUC